AUGAGCGUCGCAUAUAGAAAGAACAACAUGGAAAAUGACACAAAGUCCGAAAUGGCUGAUCUUGGCCCUGCAGUUACAAUUGUCGAAACCUGCGUUUGUCUUCUUUUGAACAUCAUAUCGCUAAACGGGAACUUUUUGGUGUGUUUAGCCGUUUAUAAAAACUCGCGCUUACGAACUACGACCAACAUUUAUAUUAUCGGACUGGCGUUAACCGACUUACUUUCAGCUACGUUUGUGAUGCCAUUCACUUCUGGUGUCCUUAUAACCCGAAAAUGGCCGUAUGGAAAUCUCUACUGCAACAUACAAGCGUUUCUGGUGAACUUUGGACUAUUUACCUCUACUUCGAUCAUGGGACUCACAGCCUUCAACAGAUACGUAAGAAUUGUUCAUACAAACAGAUACAAUAACAUAUUUUCGAGAUUUAAAUCUCGUACUAUACUAGCGUCGUUGUGCGUGAUCAUAGCCUCGUACAUCGCAAUACCAGGCUUGACUGGAUUGCAAAAUUUUGAAUUUGUUCCUGAGUAUGCCACCUGCCAUAUAACACAUGCAAGUGAAGAAGUCAUGAUAGUUCAUUACUGCGUUGUCGUAUUUUUCUUUCUGGUUUUUCCUUUCAGUUUGGCAACAUUCUGUUACGUCAAAGUGUUUAGGACUAUUACGCAGCAUAAUCUCGAAGUGGCCCCAAAUUUACAAUCGAGAAUUCGCGACGCUCAGAUCACUACCCAAGAGAUAAAAAUUUCAAAAUCUCUUUUCGUGGUAGUGUUAGGAUUCGGAAUGUGUUGGAUACCCGCAUGGAUGCUAGCUUUGAUAAUGCGCUUUAGCGCUUUUCCAUCUUUGCCUAGAGAAUUUUUUCUCAUUCACACCGCCUUAGUUUUCCUAAGCAGCUCUACUAAUGUAUUCAUUUAUGCAGGAAUGAACAACUCGUUCAAAGCAGAAUUUCGACGUUUGCUAUCUUGUGAAAUUCGUGUCAAAUUAUCUGCCAAGGUUUCUCCGAAUUUCGGCGGACGAAGACCAGUCGAACUACGCUUUCCGCGUAAAUUCAGUGGAUAACCCUGCGUUUGUGAUUUAGUGAGUUGGGUGAGAAUCGUAUGAUUUCAAGAAGGCUAGAAAUUUAAAAUUUGAAGCAGUGACACUAGUCAAACAGAUGAUAUCUCCAGAUAUUUUGUGGCUAAAUGAAGGUAGAAACUUAGUUGUCAUGCUAAUGACUAAUGUAACUGGUGCCUUUAUCGGCUCUGUUCACACAGUCAAACG